UUCACUCAGAAGUUGGGCUUCCGAACGUGGGAGUCAGCAUGGCGGCCGCAGCUAACGGCCCGCUCCCGCCACUCACCUGCCAUCGGUCGACGCGCCGGAAACCGUCCCGGAGUCGUUUUGCGGAUACUGCCUCGCCGGCGAGAUGCCGCCGUCGAUGCCGGACGUUUGUGUGCUCUUCGGAACCCGACCACCUGGCGAGCACCCGGUUCGCUGCUCAGAUUCAAGAAGUCGGUCUGGUGGGCGACGAAGAGGAGGCUUCUGUGACGGCCGGGAACAGGAGGGAAUUCCUUCUGAAGCCCCUCCUGGCGAUCGGUGGAGCCUGGCUGGCAUCGCGUUCUGUGGCAGAGGCGGCGACGGCAGCACCCGAGGCAGUCUCGAGCUCGAAUCCGGCAACCGUUAGCGCCGCUGCUCCGGCUAAAGAGGACGUUAUCGUUUCCAGGGUUUACGAUGCGACGGUAAUCGGGGAACCUCUGGCGCUGGGGAAGGACAAGAGCAGGAUUUGGGAUAAGCUGCUCAAUGCGCGGGUUGUCUAUCUGGGCGAGGCGGAGCAUGUCCCCGUGAGCGAUGAUAAGGAUCUUGAGCUUGAGAUAGUGAGAAAUUUAAGAAAUAAGUGCUUUGAGCAGCAACGGUCUAUUUCUUUAGCUCUUGAAGCAUUUCCCUGUGAUUUGCAAGAACAGCUAAAUGACUAUAUGAGCAAAAGGAUUGAUGGAGAGAGCUUAAGGUCUUAUGUGUCACACUGGCCACCUGGACGCUGGUUGGAGUAUGAGCCUCUUCUGAGUUAUUGUCGUGACAAUGGGGUGCGCCUUGUAGCUUGUGGUACACCUCUAGAGGUCUUGAGGACUGUUCAAGCUGAAGGCAUUAGAGGUCUUACUGCUGCACAGCGUAGAAUUUACACUCCUCCAGCUGGUGGUGGAUUUAUUAGUGGGUUUGCACGUAGGGCAUCUGUGGAUAUGAAUUUUUCAAAUCCAUCCAUUCCCUUUGGUCCAACUUCAUAUUUAUCAGCUCAAUCAAGAGUAGUUGAAGAGUACACAAUGUCCCAGACCGUGUUGCAAGCUUUGCAUGAUGGAGGUUCUGUUGGCAUGCUUGUAGUUGUAACAGGCGCUAGCCAUGUUGUGCAUGGGUCAAGAGGUGUAGGGUUGCCUGCAAGAAUUUCGAAGAAGUUGCCAAAGAAAAAUCAGGUUGUUAUAUUGCUUAAUCCAGAAAGACAGGUAAUACGCAAAGAAGGAGAGGUUCCUAGUGCUUAUUUCUUGUGGUACUCUGCUGCUAGACCGUGCAGUAGGAAUUGUUUUGACCGUGCUGAAAUUUCAAGGGUGAUGAAUGCUGCCAGCAGAAGACGAGAUGCCUUGCCCCAAGAUCUCCAGAAAGGACUUGAUCUCGGUGUGGUUUCUCCAGAAGUACUACAGAACUUCUUUGAUCUGGAGCAGUAUCCGUUUAUUUCAGAACUCACUAAACAAUUUCAGGGCUUCCGUGAGAGAUUAUUGGCUGACCCCAAAUUCUUACAUAGAUUGGCGAUAGAAGAGGCCAUUUCUAUAACCACAACUCUCCUAGCACAAUAUGAAAGGCGUAAGGAGCAUUUCUUUGAAGAGAUCGACUAUGUUAUAACUGAUACAGUCAGGGGCUCUGUUGUAGAUUUCUUUACUGUGUGGCUGCCUGCUCCAACCCUCUCAUUUUUGUCAUUUGAAGAAACUGGUGUUGGCUCAGGGAACAUAGACAUGUUAAAAGGCUUUCUAGGAUCAAUCCCUGAUAAUGCUUUUCAGACAAGUAUUCCUGGAAAGGACUGGAACCUGACUCAUAGGGUUGCAUCUGUGCUUGUUGGAGGUAUUAAACUCUUUGGAGUUGGAUUUAUCUCCAGCAUUGGGGCUGUAGCUUCAUCAAACACACUAUAUGCUGUAAGAAAGUACCUUAAUCCUGCCCUGGUGGGAAAAGUAAGACAGAAAAGGUCUCCAAUAUUGAAGACGGCACUUGUUUAUGCAUGUUUUUUGGGGGUCUCAGCAAAUCUUCGGUAUCAGGUUAUUGCCGGAGUAAUAGAGCACCGUCUCUCAAACCAGUUUUUAACUUCAGCUCCAGUUCUUGUGAAUGCAUUAUCUUUUGUUGCUCGGACAAUCAAUUCGUAUUGGGGAACACAGCAAUGGGUCGACCUUGCAAGAUUCACAGGGUUGCAGACUCGCACAAGCAAAGCUCCUUCAAAAUUGCCCCCUGAAGUUCCUACGCACUCAACAGUGGAUGGUGAAGCCCCUGUGGCAGGCACCAUGAACUCCUCGAACAAUCAACCUAGCGAUGGUUCCACACUGCAUGAAGCCUUGCAGAAAAUGAUAAAUGUCCAUUGCAUUGAGAUAAAAUAGCAGAAGAAUGAAAAUCGAUUCAUGUUAGGGUUGAUUUCACUGUACAUGUUUACAUAAUCCAAGCGUUUGUAGCAUUUGAACUCUGAGGCCGGUGGGCUCCUUUACAGUUUUAGUACAUCUUAGAAUAAGCAAGCUACUCGGAUUGCUCUCCUAGUAAA